GACGAGUGCCAUACGACAGGGAUCGCAAACAAGGAACAGGGACCAGGUCAUACAKCAGCACGAGAGCUUCCAGUACUCGUGCCGAUUCACUGCGGGAAGAAAAAGGCCAUUCAACAUAGCUUCAAAUUAUUCGCAUCAUAUCUACUACAAUGGCGACAACAAAGAAACGCAACAAUGAAUCUCGGGUACGGGUUGGGGUUCGGGUUCGUCCGCUAGCAUUGCAGGAGAUCAAUCAGGGAGGGAAUUGCAGUCUGAACAUUGAUUCUCCUAUGAUUCGUAUGGGUCGAAGGAGCUUUACAUACGACGCUGUAUUCGACUCAAACUUCGGCCAGGAAGACCUCUACGAAAGCGUCUCUGCUCCAUUAUUAUCGAGCUUCAUUGAUGGAUACAACGCAACGGUAGGUUUCAAAAGUACAAYACAUCUGAGGAUAAAAUAAAGUUAUCAUUUUUCGUAUUCUCACGYUGUGAUCACUUUUUCAGAUUAUGGCAUAUGGCCAAACAGGUUCUGGGAAAACUUUCACCAUGGGGAGUGAAGCACAUAUAGAACCAGAAGAAUCAUCCCAAGCAGGAUUGAUUCCAAGAUUCAUCACCGAUUUUUUUGGGAACAUGCAACGCAAAAAGGCCGAAUCUGAUAAAUGCAUUGAAGGCUGUCCAGUGCUUCUGGACUACACUCUCAAAGCUUCCUUUUUGGAGGUAUACGGCGAAGAUGUGUAUGAUCUUCUCGAUUCGACUAGAAAUUCUCUACCACUGCGAGAAGAUUCAAAGGGCGGAAUAGUGGUGGUUGGGUUGACAAGUCGCUCUAUUUCAACCACAGCAGAAGCCUUAGAGGUACUUCACGAAGGUACAAUGAAUCGAACAACCGCAGCCACUCUWAUGAACCACACCUCAAGUAGAUCACAUGCAGUUUUCACCAUACAAAUGUCUCAGGUGACUAGGCGUGGUAACUCAGGUGAUAGUGCUGACAUGACAACCACAUCUCAAUUUACAUUCGUAGACUUAGCAGGGAGCGAACGAAUGAAAAAAACUGGAGCAGAGGGCGAACGAGCAAGGGAGGGGAUUAAAAUCAACGAAGGACUAUUGGCUCUUGGAAAUGUAAUUAAUGCACUUGCUGAUGACGAUCAGGUCAAGAAAGACAAAAAGGUACACGUGCCCUACCGCCAGUCAAAAUUGACUCGUCUUCUUCAGGAUGCCUUGGGUGGAAAUAGCCAGACUCUGUUCUUGGCAUGCGUUUCUCCUUCGCACACAAAUGCAAGCGAAACUUUAUCUACAUUGAACUAUGCAAAUCGCGCUCGAAAUAUUCGAAAUGCGCCGACAAAAAAUGUUGAUGGGGCAUCUGCUGAACUUAACCGYCUGCAGAAUAUCAAUCGUGUCUUGCAAUUGGAAUUGGUGAAGUCGCGCUUUACAGCCGGUGGAGCAUCGGUUGCAUCGAGUGAUAUUGGCAAAAUAGACGAAUCUCUUCUGAAGCGCGAAGACGUUGAGACGUAUAUGCAACAAGUUUACGACGUAGCUGACGCCAUGAUGAGCCCUAGUAAGACACUGCGAUCGCCCCCACUUCUUAUCYUUGAUGUGUCCUCAAAAAGCCCUACCRCCAGGGAUCUUUCUGUCAUGAAUAGAGGAGGACAUAAUGACCYAAUGGCAAACCAAAAGUCAAAGAGUCACAAUGGUUCAUCCGAAAAAUUUGAUCAUUCGAUCCUAGAAGACAUCAAUCCUGAUGAAGAAAUUGCGAUUCUAGAUUAUUUACUUGAACUUCAACAACACGACCAUGAGUACGAAAAAUCGAAAAAGCAAGAUGAUAUGAAACUCAUUGAGAUGGAUGGGGAGUUAGAAAAGCAGGAAACAUUGUURCUCCAGUUACGAAAUAGCUUGAAAGUGUACCAUGGAAUGAAAGGUAAAUAUGAAGAAUUAAUGGAAGAAGUCCAACAGUUAGAGAACGAAAAAUCUAAUCUAGCCAAACAGCUAGAUMGAGCUACGACUGAUCCUACUAAAGGAUGUUCAACAGCAAUUAAAAAGAAACUUGAAAAGGUUGAGAUGAGUCUCUCUCGAGCACGUCGRGAGAAGAGAUACGCAGAAGAUCAAGAGCGAAAAUGCAAGGUAUUAGAGCGAAAAGUGCACGAUUUGAAAUGUGCCAAGCUGGCUCUACAAAAGAAACAAAAGGAAGACGCCGUUCGAUAUAGGAAAACGACGGAGGCAAAAACAAAAGAGCUGUUAGUCUUGAAACGAAAAGCGAAAAACGCUGACAAAAGAAUGUCGAAGCUUGAGAGUGAGAUAAUUUUGCAGAAGAGGACGCUUAGCAGGCGCACAGAGUAUUGCGCCAAGCUUUCAGACAAAUUAAAAAACACCGAGAGUCAUUUAGUUAAAUUGCUCGCUCUAAGACAGCGCGACACCGCAGAUCAUAAAGUAUCAAGCAUGCAGCGGUCGUCGAAAAGAGCAUGUGGAAAAGAGUCGAAGUUGAAAGAAAGUUACCAAAAGUUCACCGAGGAAGAAAUGAAGACAAAAAAUUAURUUUUUGAUAGAAUGGUAUUGGACAAAGUGAAGCAGGCCCGUCUGAAAAAUAAAUAUGAGGGUUUGGUCGCAACCUACAGUGCAACUAUGAGGAAGGUGGUAUCAGAAGUUAAARCGUUGAAAGAGAUACGUGCAGAAAUGGUCGGCAACGAUUGCGACUCAACUGAGAAAGCCGAGACAUUAAGAGAACUAAAGGAAAACAUAGCCGACUUGGAGUUUAAGCUUGAACUAAUCGACUCCGAAAUACAAGACCUUUCUGUGCAAAUGCCCAAAAACAUAAGCUCAUCAGAGAAAGACAUCGAUCAUGCAGUCACAAAACUCGUCAAAGGGUUGUCGUCUAAAGCAUUACAAUCAAUCUUGUUUGAAACUUUCUCCAAKUUUGUUGAAGCGGAAGUAAGUUUUCUACCCUCGGGCUUUCUUUCGAAUUGGCAUCUUCUGGCUAUUAAAGACUCACAUUUUAUUUUAUCUCAAAUCUCACAGACGGAACGCCAAAAUAUCACAGAACUGCUGAAACGGAAGGAUGCAGCCUUGAUCGGCGCUGAGUCGGAAGUUGAUUCCCUAAACUUCAAAGUGAAAGUACUUUCGAAAGAUUUGGGAGAUAGAAAGGCAUUGGACGAAACUGAAAACGGUCACUCUCUCACUAUUGAACGUUUGACAGAUGAAAGAAACAAGUGUAUGGAUGAUCUGUCAGUGGCACAGAAAAWUUUUGAACAGUCGAAGAAAAGRAUUUGUGGACUUGAAGAUUCAUUGCGUUCUACUCAAGUAGAGUUGGCAGUUGCAAAGGAAGAUCUUGCCGUGGUUAAGGUAUCAUUAAAAAAGGUAGGAGGAAAUAAUGAAGURAGCGAGACAAUUCAUCAACUUCGACGUAUCUGGGAAGACCUUGGGGUCGAAACUUCACUCCGCGAACACGAGCAAAAGAGGAUUGAAUUUUGUUUUGAAGAUACGUGUGCCAAGAUACUUGAUGAUGCUGUUAUAAUGAAGCAUUCAACAGAACAGGAAAUCAGCGAUAUGUCAUCUCGACUGCAGAUGAUGAGAACAGCCCUAGGGAUGUCAACCAGUGAUGAACAAGAAACCCCAAUACKGGUACCUUUGCUUCAGAAGCUGACUAGUCUUAAGAGCGAUAUUAGUUUGUUAGAGACGCCGUAUUGCUUUGCAGCUGCUCGACGACGGAAGAUUGUUGAAACAGUUAUGGAUCUGGCAGAAGUACUAGGUUUAUCCACUGCAGAGCUUCAUACUGAUUUGAAAACGUURCUCCAACACGAGAACGAGAUAAGUAACAAAUCGUGUAAAAAAUUACAAGAGGCUCAGGAUAUCGAGACAAGUGAGGACAUCCUUCCAGCUAAAUCUAUCGAAACAGAUUUCCUUACGAGAUGCGAACRUCACAUCUCUGAGUUGAGAGUUGCCAAGUCAGAAAAACUAGUAAGAGACAGAGAACUUGGACAGCAAAUUAAAGAGCUGAUCGAAGGAAUGCAUUUGAAUCCUGUUCAGUCUUYACAGCUUGUUGACAGCUGGAUGAAAGAGAACGAGCCUCGACACCUAGAGUGGUGGGAUUCGGAAUUUGCAGAGAAUCUCCUUCGAGAUAUACAGCAGACAGAAUUGUUCCCUUCGUCAACUGGGAAUCAUUCACAAUACCUGGAGCUGAUAUCUAAAGCACUAUCAACUUUGGCAGACUCUCGACGAUCAAUAUCUGAAGCGCUGAAAUCAGUUAUCGAGCACGCCCAAAAGACUCUUUUAGACAUAGUUGGRAGAGAAAUAGAUGCUAGUGAAGCUUAUACAGGAUUUCACGAUGCUCUAUUUCGGAUGCCACCUCUUUCUAAGGACUUGAUUCUUUCGUGUAUUUCCGAAUUAGAGGCUUUGAUCGAGGGAACUGAGGCAAUGACACAAACCGAAACUGAGGCGUUGACAGUUGUAUGGGAAGCGCUUAAAAUCUCUCAACAAGAUCGACAGAAAUUCUGGGGGUUAGUGGAAGAAUCAAMAUCAAAUAUUGGAGUCGAGAAGAACCAUAUAUCUUUAGAGAAGCUCUCUACUUCACAUGAAGAAUGGAUGGUUGAAGCUGCUUCAAAUGCCAGAAAUUUCAAUCAAAUUUUGGAGAAACGAUUGAAGAAACUAGAGGGGAUAAAUAAUGAAGUCGAAAGGCUGAGGUCAAAGCAAGACAUGAAGAGCCAAAUCUUGUCGCUUGAUUCGGAAAUUCGUAUAAUGAAUACUAAAUUGUUGGAGUUCGAGGAACUCAAAUGUACGAAAGAAAGGCUGCUCACGAAAAAGAAUGGGGGAGCAGCRCUGCUAAAGGAAGAACGAUUCAGAAAGCARAUGAGAAGUAAAUUUCUAGCGAAACUCAAACAGCUCGUGAAUUUACUUCGAUCGUGGGAGAGCAAAGAGAAAACGCUUUUUGAUGAGUCGCUUUUGAGUGACGAUGUGCGUGAGCUAUUGAAAAAAGAUCCAGAUCAGAUGGACAAUUGGGUAGAAAUGAGGACGAAGCUCAUGCCAUUGAGGACGACGAAAACUCAGGUGGUAAGAAAGAGGUCACACGAAGAUCGAGGCCCUGUUCGUCGCUCAAAGGAUGAAAGUUCUAGGCCUGCUUCAAGGUUAACACCACCAAAAAAGAGAAUGACCCCAUCCAGAAGAAGCAGAAAGGACUUUGGAUUAGCAGAAAGAAGAAGGCUUGAAGACAAUGGAAGUCCGAGACUAGCUUCAAGASUAGCUUCAAGACUGACACCACCUAGAAAUAUAAAUUGGUCAUCCAGUCGGAGCAGAAACGACAUCGGCUUGGCAGACAAAAAACAGGUGGAAGACAAGAAGAGUUCAGUGCUUCGAAAACGGGAUAGUAAUAGCAAGUUGGACGAAAGAWUGAGAUCGCCGAAGAUUAAAAAACGGAAGCAAGA